AUGGGGCAAAGCACAUCGGUGUCAGCCGAGGCAAGCCAUGAGGCCGCAGCUCCCAAAGCAGCGCCAAAGCCAGCGCUGCGUGCCGCUCGGAAUGGCCCGCCCGAGCCCACCUCUCCAUCGAUGUUGCAGCAGGCGAUGGAUGCAGUGGUCGGCAGAAGGCUGGAGGAGAUCGUGGAGGUUUCGAGCAGCUCCAAGCCGCUGGGCUCCGGGGCGUUCGGGACAGUCUGGCGUGGUCGAUACCUGGAUGGAGGCUGCGCUGUCGCAGUGAAGUCCCUGGACAAAGCGAAGAUGAAGCAAAUGAAGGUUCCAGACACGUUGGUCACGGCCGAGGUUGAGUUCAUGCGUGAAUGCAAGGGCCAGCCCUGGUUCGUCCAGCUCUACGACUUCCUGGACACUAGAGACAAGUUUUACCUGCUGCUUGAGCUGUGCAACGGAGGGAACAUGGAGGAUGCAGCCAGAAGCCUGGAUGGCGGUCUCAGCGAAGCGCGCUGUGCGGCCUUCAUCAGCCAGCUUCUGUCUGGUAUUGCUUUCCUCCACUCCCGCAAGAUUUGCCACCGCGACGUCAAGCCACAGAACGCAAUGCUUCUAGGUGAUGUCCGAGACACCAGGUCCCAGCUGCGGCUCGGAGACUUCGGGAUCGCCGUGCGGCUGACCUCCGGGCAGCUCCUCACAGAGAAGUUGGGCACACCCGCCUUCAUGGCACCGGAGAUGCACAUGCUGCCCAAGUCGAACGGCUAUGAUUGCAAGGUGGAUUUGUGGGCAGCAGGGACCUUCAUGGUUUUCCUCUUGUCCUUGGAAUAUCCGUUCGUGGACCCAAGCGGCCGCCUUCUGAAGAACGACCUGCUCAGAGGAGACUUGCCUAUUUGGGAGGGGAACGCCUUCCAGAGUCUCUUCCGGAAUGUUCAGGAAGCUGCCGGCCUUCGUCGGAAGAGGCCAUCGCCGGUGGCGCGCGACCUGGUUCGGCGUCUCUUGCGGCCCAAAAGGACCUUGCGACCCGAGGCUGAGGAUGCCCUGAAGCAUCCUUGGUUCAGGGCCCCGCAGCUGGAAGCUGUCGACGACCGCGAGGAGGAGGUCGCCGAUCCUCUGCUCCAGUGGGCUGACUUUGAGGCCGAAAGGAAUGUGAGUGAGACGAAGUGCAGGGCACAUGUAAAACGAUGGUGGCAGGAGAUGGCCUUUCCUAUAGAGACUGCUGGGAUCUGCCCCCCAUUCCGUUGCCGGCCUCAACUGAGCACCACUGCAGAUCAGGAGAUGGUGCAGGCGGUGGAGAAAAUCCAGGCCUGA